CAAACAGCAUCACUCGCUAGCAAACAGCCCUCGCUUCACUACUCCCGCCUCGCCUCGCCUCGACUUCAACUUUGACCGCCUUCGAUCGCGCAAGCACAUCAACACCAUAACAAGCAAUCAAACCCGCACGUCACCAAAAUGCGCUUCUCGAACGCGGCGGCAGCGGUUGUUGCAGCUUCAUUGCCCAUUGCUCUCGCUCAGACCUUUACUGACUGCGAUCCCACCAACACGACUUGUCCAGCCGACACCGGACUUCCAUCAACUUCAUACACUGCCGACUUCACCCAGGGCUCCAGCGCCAACGCCAGUUGGAGUGGCGCUGCCUACACAACAGUCGAAUAUGGCGACAAGGGUGCAGUCUUCACUAUCGAGAAGUCCGGACAAGCGCCAACCAUCCAGACCGACUUCUACAUCUUCUUUGGCAGAGUCGAUGUCACCAUGAAGGCAGCCGCCGGCACUGGCAUCGUCAGCUCUAUCGUCCUUGAGAGUGAUGAUUUGGACGAGAUCGACUGGGAGUUCAUCGGUGGAGACAGCGGCCAUGUGCAAUCCAACUUUUAUGGCAAGGGAAACACGACUAGCUAUGACCGUGUCAUCUACCACAAAGUCAGCGACGUCCAGAACACAUGGCACACCUACUCGGUCGACUGGACCAAGGACAAGCUCGACUUCCUCAUCGAUGGCAGUGUCGUCCGGACACUGAAAUACAGUGACCCACUCGCCGUCUAUGGAAAGAAUUAUCCGCAGACCCCAAUGCAGCUCAAGCUUGGCAACUGGGCCGGUGGUGAUUCCGCAAACAAUGGUACAGUCGAGUGGGCCGGCGGGAAGACGGACUUCUCUCAGGGACCAUUCAACAUGUACGUGAAGAAGGUCGAAAUCACGAACUACAACCCUGCCUGUUCAUACAAAUAUGGCGACAAGUCUGGAUCCUAUGAGAGUAUCGAAAUCAUCAGCACGGGCGAAAGCUGCAGCGCUGCAUCUGCUUCUGCUACCGGAUCGGCAACAGCUUCGGACACUGCAAAGACUACCGCCACCGUUGCUCCAACAUCUUCUCAUUCAGUCGAGAACAUCGCCCAAACCGACAAGUCUGUCCUCUCUACAGUGACGGGAUCCGCAUACAGCACUAACAGUGCAUCGAUCUCCGCGCUGAACUCUGGACUCCCGACUGGCACAGGUGCUACCGCGCCAACGCAGGUUCCCAACCCUUCCGCUGGUAUUAACGGUACCGCCGGCACUGGUUCGGGAUUUGUUCCUGCUCCGACUUCGUCGCCCGAGUCUUCGACUGGAGGCGCAGCCAUACACAGCGUCUUGACCAUCGUGUCUCUGCUGAGCGUCUUACUUGGCUUCUGGAUGUUGUAAGCGGCGUUUUGGGAUCGCUUGGUCUCCAAUAUCCGGGCGUAGCUUCACUUCAUCAAAUCACUUCAGGGAAAGAAAGUCUUUUGCAUGUGUUUUAAAAGGGAUACCCACAAUUUGCUUUCGGCUGCAUGGUAUUGGCGAUUGGGUACUUUCGUAUGCAUGAAAGGUUGGACAGCACAGCACUUGAACGCACGGCACGGUCAGAUAGAUCAAGGUAUGCUUCAGUAGCAAGUUCAAUCAAUCAGUAAAGUCACACUAAAGAG